AGAUCACAUGCUUUUCGCCUUAAGCGACGGGUUUAAUCACACGUAUCGCGAGACCCGUACUUCUCCAAUCACAAGCAUUAGAACCAGAUUAGUGAGUUUUGUACGUUUCGCAAGUGUAGUUUAAGUUUAACUUAAGCGUAUUUUCCUUUGACCCGAGCUAUUCAGCCUCAAAGAAAAUGACUGGACUAACUGAAGAAACUCCCAUAUAUGGACCUUUUUUUGGUGUCAUGGGAUCCACAGCAGCAAUGGUUUUUAGCGCUCUAGGAGCAGCCUAUGGAACAGCCAAGUCAGGAACUGGAAUUGCUGCUAUGUCAGUCAUGAGACCUGAACUUAUCAUGAAGUCCAUUAUACCUGUGGUUAUGGCUGGUAUUAUUGCUAUAUAUGGGUUGGUCGUCGCAGUGUUGAUAGCCAACAACAUCAAGUCCCCUUCAGAUGGAUACCAGUUGUACAC